CUUGCCUACGGAGAAAGCUAAGAAGAAUCAUAGUCAUGGUUACAUCAAAUUUAGUAAUGGCCAGUAACUCAAUUGCAAGGUCCAUGGAGGAAGAUGAGAAACAGCAUGGGCAUGGUGAUAGUCUUAUUCCUACUGCUAUGAGGAGAGUGAUGGUGGUUAUAGAUGAUUCCAUUGAAGCUGAAUCAGCCAUGUUGUGGGCACUUUCUCAUGCUGUUUAUCACUCUGAUACUCUCAUCCUCCUCCAUAUUCUGCCUCCUCUUCAAGCCAAAGGUGUUCUAUUUGCAGCAAGAGAUCCUGAGGAUCCAAGAAGGCUUGUGGACAUGAAAGCUUGCUGGUUUGCCAAUUCUCUUAAGGCUUUGUGCAAGCGACACAGACCAGAGGUGAUUGUAGAAAGUGUGGUUAUAGAUGGAAGGAAUGACGAUAUAGGCUGUUUGAUAGUAAGUCAAGCCCAAAACCUUCAAGCCUCUCUGCUUGUAUUGGGCCAACCCAAGUCUUCUUUCUUAUACAGGGUUAUCCUAAGGAGAAGUUCUAAGAUGGGUAUUGUGGAAUACUGCAUUAACAAUGCAGAGUGCAUGACAGUGGCAGUGAGAAAGCAGAGUGGGGACUUGGGAGGAUAUUUGAUCAGAACCAGAAAGUUCAGAAACUUUUGGAUGUUAGCUUAAUCUAGUAUUCUACCAUUUUAACCAUGCUUAUUUGUAUAUAGCAGUAUAUAUUCUUAAUAAGUCUAUACGAGGGGUCAAGUCUUGCUGAGUUCAAGGCUUUGACAUCAUAAGAGAUGAGGUUCAGAUGGUACCUUGAUAACCACUUUGUGGAUGAAAAAUCCUCCAUAAGAAAAAAAAAAUCUAUUAUAAUAAAGAUAUGUAGAAGAUAAAUGAACUGAACAUAAAUGUUAUGUAUAAUAUGUCAAGCGAGAAAGUAAUAUCUCUUGGAAAUAAACUUACCCUUCAUUCCUAU